CUGAAAUCCAAAUGGCGGCAGAGAACGGAACCUGCACCGCCGCCGUCGGCGGAGAUGCCCGAUCGGCGCUGAUAUUCAUCGGCACCGGAUGCUCCAGCGCCGUCCCCAACGCAAUGUGCCUCAUCCAGCCCUCCGAUCCGCCCUGCCGCGUCUGCUCUCAGGCGCUGUCGCUUCCGCCUGAGCGAAACCCUAAUUACAGGUGCAACACGUCGCUGCUGAUCGAUUAUCGCCGGAGCGACGGCGAGCACAGCUAUGUGUUGGUCGAUGUGGGAAAGACGUUCAGGGAGCAAGUGCUGCGGUGGUUCACUCGCUAUAAGAUUCCUAGAGUUGAUUCUGUUGUUUUGACUCAUGAGCAUGCUGAUGCAGUUCUUGGUCUGGAUGAUAUACGUACUGUUCAACCUUUUAGUCCCACCAAUGAUAUUGAUCCAACUCCUAUCUACCUUACUCAAUUUGCGAUGGAGAGCAUUGCGGUGAAGUUCCCUUACCUGGUUCAGAAGAAACUUAAGGAGGGCCAAGAAGUCAGACGUGUAACACAACUGGACUGGAGGCUAAUUGAGGAUUGUUGUGAAACACCUUUUGUUGCAUCAGGCCUACAGUUCGUUCCUUUGCCAGUGAUGCAUGGGGAAGAUUAUGUCAGCUUGGGUUAUCUAUUUGGUGACCAGUCACGAAUAGCUUAUAUAUCUGACGUGUCGCGUUUUCUUCCAAGCACUGAGCAGUUGAUUUCGAAAGAUGGUGGUGGGCAGUUGGAUCUUCUUAUCUUGGACACAUUAUACAAGAAUGGAUCCCAUAACACUCACUUUUGCUUCCCACAGACUCUAGAAGCUGUAAAGAGGAUUUGUCCUAAACGGGCCCUGUUAAUUGGAAUGACUCAUGAGUUUGACCACCAGAAGGACAAUGAAUUUCUUGUGGAAUGGUCUAAGCGGGAAGGCAUACCUGUGCAGCUUGCGCAUGAUGGUUUGAGAGUGCCCCUAGACCUAUGAUAAGUUGUUAUAUGCAGGUUGAUGUAAUCGUGUAUUAAGAUGAUACAUACUAUACAGUGUUCAACCCAUUUUGAUGGGAAGAAGUAGGUGCCAUAUUAUUGACGUUCACAGUAUACAAACCUUGUCUGAAGGGGUAAUACAACUUUACAAUGAAGGACUAGGGCAGCAUUUUGUUACCAAACCCAUUUUUUGCUUUAAGAAAACUUGUAUUGUUGUGAGCAACUGAGCAUUGUUGUACUUUUAGAAAUGAUGCACUGUUUUUUGAAAGAGUGGAUAUAAAUUUGGACGCACAUUCAAUUUGUUUAUCUACUUGUACAACAUGAAUGUUGUAGCAGGUGAGCA